GGCGGGCGGCGGGGCUGGAGGGGAGCGCACCGCGGCGGCGGCGCCCGGAGCCCGGAGCGGAGCGCCGCUCCCCGCCCCGCCCCUCCCCCUCGUCCUCGCGGCGGCGGCAGCGGCGGUGGCGGCUUGGACGACUCUGAGAGCCGAGUGAAGACACUUCCACGUGAAGAGCUGACCAUGUGCCUGCCCUGAGCGCCGAGGCCCCCCAGGCAUCGCUGUUGUGGGCGGCAGGGCCCAGCACUGGUCCGAGGACUCCCCUAGUCGGCAGGCUCCCCCAGCACCCGGGUCUGGGCCUCGGCCCCACCAUGUCGAGCCUCAGCAGUGGCUCCCAGGACACCAGCGGCAGCAGCACCACCACCAAUGGCGGCGGCGGCGGCGGCCCCAAGGCCGGCGUGGCCAGCAAGAGCGCGGGGGCGGCCCCCGCGGCCCCCGCCUCCGUGGCCGACGACGCGCCGCCCCCCGAGCGCCGGAACAAAAGCGGCAUCAUCAGCGAACCCCUCAACAAGAGCCUGCGCCGCUCCCGCCCCCUCUCCCACUACUCCUCCUCCUUCGGGGGCGGCGGGGGCGGCCUGAUGGGCGGGGAGUCCGCCGAGAAGGCCGCGGCCGCCGCCUCCCUGUUGGCCAACGGGCACGACCUGGCCGCGGCCGUGGCCGUGGACAAAAGCAACCCUACCUCAAAGCACAAAAGCGGUGCUGUGGCCAGCCUGCUGAGCAAGGCCGAGCGGGCCACGGAGCUGGCGGCCGAAGGACAGCUGACGCUGCAGCAGUUCGCGCAGUCCACGGAGAUGCUGAAGCGCGUGGUGCAGGAGCACCUGCCGCUGAUGAGCGAGGCGGGCGCCGGCCUGCCCGACAUGGAGGCCGUGGCGGGCGCCGACGCCCUCAACGGCCAGUCCGACUUCCCCUACCUGGGCACCUUCCCCAUCAACCCGGGCCUGUUCAUCAUGACGCCGGCGGGCGUGUUCCUGGCGGAGAGCGCGCUGCACAUGGCGGGCCUGGCCGAGUACCCCAUGCAGGGCGAGCUGGCCUCCGCCAUCGGCUCCGGCAAGAAGAAGCGGAAGCGCUGUGGCAUGUGCCCGCCCUGCCGGCGGCGCAUCAACUGCGAGCAGUGCAGCAGUUGUAGGAACCGAAAGACUGGCCACCAGAUUUGCAAAUUCAGAAAAUGUGAGGAACUCAAAAAGAAGCCUUCCGCUGCUCUGGAGAAGGUGAUGCUUCCGACGGGAGCCGCCUUCCGGUGGUUUCAGUGACGGCGGCGGAAACCCAAAGCUGCCCUCUCCGUGCAAUGUCACUGCUCGCGUGGUCUCCGGCAAGGGAUUCGGGCGAAGACAAACGGAUGCACCCAUCUUUAGAACCAAAAAUAUUCUCUCACAGAUUUCAUUCCUGUUUUUAUAUAUAUAUAUUUUUUGUUGUCGUUUUAACAUCUCCACGUCCCUAGUAUAAAAAGAAAAAAAACAUUUAACUGCUUUUUCGGAAGAAGAACAACAGCAACAACAACAACAACAACAAAAAAGAGAGGUAAAGACGAAUCUAUAAAGUACCGAGACUUCCUGGGCAAAGAAUGGACAAUCAGUUUCCUUCCUGUGUCGAUGUCGAUGUUGUCUGUGCAGGAGAUGCAGUUUUGUGUAGAGAAUGUAAAUUUCUGUAACCUUUUGAAAUCUAGUUACUAAUAAGCACUACUGUAAUUUAGCACAGUUUAACUCCACCCUCAUUUAAACUUCCUUUGAUUCUUUCUGACCAUGAAAUAGUGCAUAGUUUGCCUGGAGAACCCACUCGCGUUGAUAAAGAGAAUGUUGAUGGCGCCGUGUCGAAGCCCCUCUGUAUCCAUCUGCGUGGGCAGAGCUGCGGGGAGCUCGCUGAGAGGGAGGGAGAAGACUCCCCGCCCCCCGCGGGUGCCCAGGCCAGGCUGCUGCCCCCCCGCCCCCACAAUAGGAUCCCACACCCCCCCAACAAUGAUUUUGCAAAAAAUGAAAAGUUCUGUUUGUUUAUUCGUUGAGAUCUGGGAGCCCAUGUCUUCUCGAUAGUUUUCUGAUCAUGAUCCAUGGCUACUUCCCUUAGAGAAAAUAAGUCCCUUUUCCCCCAGCCUGGCCGAUGGCGACAGAAGAAAGGGCUUCGCUGCGUGGUCCCCUGCCAGUGGGGGUGGUGCCCGGGGGGUCCCCCUCGGCCUGGGCCCUCUUGCCCACGGCCAGCUUCCUGCUGAUGAACAUGCUGUUUGUAUUGUUUUAGGAAACCAGGCUGUUUUGUGAAUAAAACGAAUGCAUGUUUGUGUCAUGAA